AUGCAUGCACGGAGUACCCAGCCAAGGUACGUCAAUGGCAAGCGAGCGAGCGCGACACGGAGAGACAGUGAGACAGAGACAGGCAGCGGGAAAGAGAGCGCGAGAUCAGAGGGGCAGAUGUCGCCCUAUGCAGGUCUUGGGCAUCGUCCACACACUCUCACACAUACAUAUUCACUUAGCCUCAGACAUGACAAACAUACGGCCGGUUGGAGGGAAGAAGGGCCUCGUUACCAGCAUUGGAUGUGCCAGGGCAAUCCCCCCUCGCCCCAACUUCCCAUAAAGAGAGCCAGGCGGCGAUCUGAUAGAAAGAGAACAGUGGUGAUGUGGACGGGGGUGUGUGGUUGGAUUCUGCGGCGUUGGCAACCUUGGGGUGAGGUGUGA